AUUCGGUAAAAUGUCUGAGCGUGGUCGUGGUCGUCGUUGGUGCAUUUAAUACCUUUUUCUAACUUAAUUUUGUACAACUAUUACGCUUAUAUAAAUGUCUAUAAUUAUUAAAAUAAAUAUAGUGAGCCAGGUUAAGCAACUUUUGCCUUGGUUUUUGUUCAGCACAGAAUCCAUUGCGAAAGCAGCUUCUAGAUCGAAGCCGGCUACCAAAAUUUGCAACAACAAAUACAACUACAAUUACUGAAAAAAACAAUGAAAAGAAAAAUGAAAACGUGUUAUGCUGAUGCAUGCUCUAUUUAUGAUGUGAAGUGCGUUUGAAAUUCGAGCUGAGAGGAGACGAGCCCUCGACGACAAAGCGAACGAUUGAGUUUUCUAGCUUAACCAAUGUGGCACCUCCAAUGAAAAAUCAAUUCGAAAUCGUUGGAUGUUCUCGAUAUUGGUUAUUGGCCAGAAGAGCUCAAACACAGCUAUAAGAAACGAAACAAUCAAAUACAUGAUAUAAGCUCUGAAGUUAAAUAGCAUAGAUUUUAAGCACAUACAAUAAAUCAGAUGGCAGACACUAAAUUGAAGCAAGCCGAAGAUACCGGCCUAAUGGGGCCGCAACCCUCAUGCAAGCGUCCACGCCUGGACGAGGAGGAGCAAGCACUGAAGGUGGCGGGCUUCUCGCUCAGCGCAAUUGAGGAGAUGCGUCAGACCCGUGAUGCGGAGCUGCUCUCGGAACCAAUUGAUCAACAGCUUAGACAGUUUCAGGUUCUGGACGAGGUGGGCACUGCCAGUGAUGAUGAUGAUUCAGACGAUAACUGCGACAAGCAGCGCGGCGACGAUGAUGAUGGUGAGGGUGACGAAUAUGAUUCCUCGGAUUUCAACGACGAGGAAAUUGAGAAUCUUUUGGAUGAAAAGCUGCCAGACGAUCUGCGUGAGUCGAAGCGUCCAAAGUACGAGCAGCGCUUUAAGACUGUGCUGGAAGAGAAGCGCCAUAAUCACUUUGAGGUGCUGCCCGAGGGCUGGGUACAGGUGACACAUAAUAGCGGCAUGCCCCUGUUUCUUCACCGCAAGACGCGUGUCUGCUCAGCGUCGCGGCCAUAUUUUCUGGGCACGGGCAGUGCACGCAAGCAUGCCGUGCCGCUGGGUGCCAUACCGUGUUUGAACUAUCAACGUGCACUGGACGAGGAAGCGGAGGCGAAGCGGGCAGCUAGCGCAGACAACACGGCACAGCCUUCUGCAGAGAACAGUAACGAAUCGCCCACUGGCGUUUGUCCAGUGGCGCAUGGCAACGCAGGCACCGAGCAGACUAUGGAAGUGGAUGACAAGGAGAAAAAAGACGAGACUGUUGCGGAGCCAAAAACUGAUCAAGCAGCCAAUGCAUCUGCAGCUCUCCAGGCGCUUAUACCGGCUGCUAAAAUCGUUACCGUCAAUGAAAACACACAGAAAGAGUCGGUGACACCGGAGGAGCUGAACAAAUACUGCCAGAAACUCUUCCGAUUCAAGGAGAUACGCGUGCUGCGCUUUCGCAGUUGGAAUGCACGGCGCAAGUUCACGAAGAAUCGGAAGCAUAUUAAGAAUAUACAACGACCAACGCUACCCGAUGGCACCAAGCUCAUCAAGUUCCCCAUUUUGGCGGCCAGCGGCCCGGAGGGCAGUACAAAUACGCGUGGGCGCAAAGAGUGGAUCAUGAACCCCAAUGGUAAAAGCUUUGUGUGCAUACUGCAUGAGUAUGUACAGCAUGCCCUAAAGACACAACCCACUUAUGAAUUCAAAGAGCUACAGAACGCAGCUACGCCUUAUUCAGCAACCGUUUCUGUUAAUAAUCUCAAGUAUGGAACCGGAUAUGGUACCAGUAAAAAGCAGGCCAAGUCGGAGGCAGCACGCGAAACACUGGAGAUACUCAUACCCGAUGUUAAGGAUAAAAUCACGGGCAACAAUAAGGAUUCGAAGACUGGCACUGCCAAGAAACCCCAAAGUGAUCUAUCUGUAUUCGAUGACAUUCGUAUUGAGGAUCCACGAGUGACCGAGUUCUGCAAUAAGACCACAGAGCCCUCACCCAACGCCAUAUUGUUGACGUGCUUGCAGCGUAACUACGGCAGCGAUGUUCAGAUCACCCAAGAAAUCAAUCGCACGGCAAAUAACAAAAACGAAUUCACCAUGACCGUGGGCAAGCAUACGGCGAAGGUUGUCUGCAAGAACAAACGCGAGGGCAAGCAAUUGGCAUCUCAGGCUAUUCUGCAGAUUUUACAUCCACAUAUUCAGACGUGGGGCUCGCUUUUGCGUUUAUAUGGCAACAAUUCGAUCAAAACAUUUAAGGAGAAAAAACUUGAGGAACAGGAGAUUACUGUGCUACAGAGCAAAGCGGCUGUUAAUCAACCCAACUAUGCCAUUCUUGAUAAGCUUAAAUCAGAGAUGUUAAAACUUAGCGCCAAGCACGAGGGCGUUCAAACCAAAGGCACCUUUGUGCCGCCCAGUGAUGUGGAUUUGCCUUCAUCAUCCGGUUCCAAUUUGAAUAAUGUUGAACUAUAGUUAACAUAUAUUAAGGCCAAUGCAUCAACAUAAUCAUCAUAAUCGUCAUUAGCUUAUUCGAUUAUCUAACUUGCAUGACAAACUUUUCUCAAUGUGAUCCAUCAUAAUAUGACAAAUACAAAAGAAACUGAAAUAUGUUGAUUUUAGCCGCAAGACGAACUAAGUAUACUCUUUUAUAGUUGCGACCCUAAUUAAUUCCACAUAAUAUAUAAAUAUAUAAUAUGCCAAAAA